AUGCCUUUCGACAUUAGGGGCUGGAAUCUCGAUAUUGACCGGUUUAUUGACCCGUUUGUACCAGCGGCGAGAUGGCAUCUUGUCCCCAAGCCUGUGGCGCAUUUCUUGGGGUAUCGUGAUGAACCGGUCAAGCCAUUAGGGAAUGUCCUGACUGCCUUCUGGUCCCUGAUCGGUGCAUUCUGCGGCGUGGCCCUAGUGGCUGAAGUGUCCAAGCAAGUGCCUUCAAUGGAGGCCCGAGAUGCCCCAGAGGUUAUUGGGAGCUUUGGUGCCGCUGCAGUGCUUGAGUUCUACGCCAUCGAGUCACCUUUUGCUCAACCUCGAAAUGCAUUUAUAAGCCAGUUGUUUGCGUGUUUGAUUGGUGUUGGCAUAUCCAAGCUCUUCGCUUUGAGCUCGCACUCUGAAGAAUACACUGCGCUCGGGGGAGCUCUCGCUUGCGGCCUGACCACGGCAGUCAUGGGCCUUACAAACACCGUACACCCACCGGCGGGUGCGACGGCCUUGUUAGCUGUCACCAACUCUCAAAUAGCUGGAUUGGGCUGGUUUUUGUUUCCGGUCAUGCUGCUCGGGAUAACGCUGAUGCAAACAACGGCUUUGAUUGUCAAUAAUGUUCAGCGACGCUUUCCCACGUAUUGGUGGACAUCACAUCCUCUAUUACGUUCUCAGGAUAUCGACGAGGUGAAGAACCACCAGAAAGCCCGCUCUGAUGGGCCAAGUCGCUACGAGGCAAGUUUAACAGAUUUCCCUCGACGAGUGGUGGUUGAACGAGGGGAUUUUUGGGUUCCCGAUGGGCUUAAUCUAUCAGAACAGGAGAGACGAGUCUUGAGGGCGAUUAGUGAACGUAUAUGA